AUGAUGGCUAAUUAUUAUUUUGCAAUCGUUGGUCAUACCGAUAAUCCUUUAUUUGAAAUUGAAUUUAAUAAUUCUGGAAAAGAUGCAAAGGAUAUUUUUACCCAUUUAAACCAAUUUAUUGCACAUGCUGCAUUAGAUCUCGUUGAUGAGCAUACAUGGAAAACAACAAAUAUGCAUUUAAAAGUUGUAGAUAAAUUUAACCAAUGGUUUGUGAGUGCUUUUGUUACUGCAACACAUAUCCGAUUUGUCAUGGUACAUGACAGUAAAAAUGAAGAUGGUAUAAAAAAUUUCUUUAAUGAAAUGUAUGAAAUGUACAUAAAGUAUUCUAUGAAUCUUACAGAGUAUACAGUAUUAUUGUAUGAAAAAUUAUUAUAUAGGAAAAUUUUUAGUAAGAUAGGUAAUGCAUUAAUGUAUUUGGAUGAUGUUAUUGUAUCAACUUCUAAUGAAACAGAGAAUUUGUUGUAUCUAAAGUUAAUUCUUGAAACAGCUAGCAAUUAUGGAUUUUAA